AUGGGCGUGGGCCUGCAGCCGCUUGAGUUCACCGAGUGCCUGGCGGAUAGCCCGCAUUUCCGGGAAAACCUCCAGCGUCAUGAGAAAGAGCUCGAACGUACCAGUCAACAAAUCAAAAGACUCAUCAAAGAGGUCAAGGAUGUCGUUCAGGCUGCUAAACGUCUGGGCACGGCGCAGCUCGCGCUGGCGGCGAGUAUGGAGCAGUUCGAGUUCGCGUGCAUCGGCGCCUCCCUCACCGAGGACGAGCUGGUCAUCGGGCGCUCGCUGCAACAGUUCGCGCAACUCAUACGCACCAUCGAGGACGAGAGGGACCGCAUGGUGGGCCGAGCGCACGAGCAGAUCAUUCAGCCUUUAGAACGAUUCCGCAAAGAACACAUAGGUGCUGUUAAGGAAGGUAAGAAGAAAUUCGACAAGAAGACUGCUAAGUUCUGCCAGAGUCAGGAGCGAACACUCUCACUGUCUACGAAGAAGCCCGAGGCAGUGUUCCAGGAGGCGGACGCGGCGAUGGAUAUGGCUGAGCGCGACUUUUGCCAGGCGUCGCUGGAGUACGUGUUCCAGCUGCAGGCGGUGCAGGAGCGCAAGAAGUUCGAGCUGGUGGAGACGCUGCUGGGUUUCGUGUUCGGCUGGUGGACCUUCCACCACACCGCGCACGACGUGCACGCCGACGCCGAGCCGCUCGUACGCGACCUGCAGCUGCGCAUACAGCGGACGAGAAACAAUUUCGAAGAAACUAGCAAACAAACCGAGUCGCUCAUGAAGAAAAUGAUGGAAGUGAGACAGAUGACUAAAGAAGACGAAGGAACGGAGGAUGGCUCGGGGGGAGUUUCCCGAGCUGGCUACUUGUUUCUGAUGGAAAAAAAGGCGUUCGGCACCACGUGGAGCAAGCAGUACUGCACGUACGAGAAGGCGUCGCGCACGCUCUCGCUCGUGCCCUACAACCAGAUCAACGUGAAGACGGUGGGCGGCGCGGAGGCGGUGGCGCUGCGCGGCGCGCGCGGCGCGGCCGAGGCGGAGCGCCGCUUCUGCUGGGAGGCGCUGCCGGCCGAGCGCGAGCGCGCGCCGCUCACGUUGCAGGCGCUGGGCGAGCGCGAUCGCGCCGCCUGGCUGCGCGCGCUCGACGCGCUCGCCCCGCUCGCGCCGGCCGACGCGCACGACGCGCCGCGACAGGUUAUUAACGGUCGACUCGCUGCAGGUGUCGCUGGCGGAGGGCGGCGCGGGCGCGGAGGGCGACGCGUGGGGGCUAGACGACGCGGGGUUCGCGUUCGUGCGGCGCGUGAUCGCCGUGCUGGAGGCGCGCGGGCUGGAGGAGCAGGGGCUGUACCGCGUGGCGGGCGUGGCGUCCAAGGUGGCACGCCUGGUGGCGCUGGCGCGCGAGCGGCGCCUGCCCGCCGCGCUGGCCGACCCGCUGGAGUGGGACUCGCGCACGCUCACGUCGGCGCUCAAGAGCUACCUGCGCGCGCUUCCCGAGCCACUGCUCACGCGCCGCCUGCACCGCCAGUGGCUGGCCGCUGCCAAGCUGGAGCGCCGCGCCGAGCGCGCCGCCGCGCUGCACGCGCUCGUGCGCGCGCGCUGCCGCCGCGCGCGCGCGACAUGCUGCGCCUCGUGCUGGCGCACCUGGCGCGCGUGGCGGCGCGCUGCGACCGCAACCUCAUGAGCGCCUCCAACCUGGCCGUGUGCUUCGGGCCCACGCUGCUGCGCGCCGAGCACGAGACCGUUGCCUCCAUCUUCGAGCUCAAGUUCUACAACGUGCUGGUGGAGGCGCUGCUCGACAACUUUGACGUGGUGUUCGCGGACGAGCCGCCGGCGGUGCCCGCGCCGCCGCCGCCCGCGCCGCCGCCACCCGCGCCGCACGCGCCGCACGCGCACAACGGAUUGUUAGGAACAUCUCCGUCUUCAAUACCCAUCUCUUCGAGAAAUGACAUCAUAAGCUCGUGCGGCGCCGCCAGCUACUCGCCGCACCACCACCAGCUGCUGCAGCAGUUCACCGCGCACGGACGCGCGGCGCGGUGCAGCAGCAGCUCGGAGUCCGUGUCGAGCCACAGCGCGUCGCCGCCACCGCACGCCGCGCGCGCGCCGCUCGCCGCGCUCGCCGGUCUCCCCCCGCCCCACGCCUUCCCGCCCCGCACCACGCGCGUGCGGACGCUGUACGCGUGUCUGGGCGAGAGCGAGGGCGAGCUGUCGUUCGAGCCCAACCAGAUCAUCACCAACGUGACGAUGUCGGCGGAGCCGGGCUGGCUGCGCGGCACGCUCAACGGCAAGAGCGGCCUCGUGCCGCAGAACUACGUGGAGCCGCUGCCG